UUGUCUUUUGUGUUAUGAGGGACGUUAGGUUUAUUUGUGACAGUAUACAGAGCAGAGGCAAUAUGUUUAGUUCUCCCUCAUGUUUGAAUUCUCAACGCCAAUGGUCUGACAUAAGCCAGCAGAGAUGCUGUUUAAAGAUCUUCCCAGAGAGGCCCUGAUGCGGCCUUUGUCCAGGAAUGAAGUGGUGGGCAUGUUGGUGAGGUUGACCAUCUUUGGUGCAGCCACAUACUACAGCAUCAAGUGGGUUGUAGAAGCUAUGGAUCCCACUUUCAAACAGAAAAACCAAGCCAAGAAAAGGGCAGAACAGCUGAUGAAGAGGAUUGGUGUAGAGGGGGUCAAACUAACAGAGUAUGAGAUGAACAUUGCAUCUCACUUAGUCGAUCCACAGACAAUGAAGGUGUCCUGGAGAGAUAUAGCAGGUCUGGAUGAGGUUAUCAAUGAGCUGCAAGACACCGUCAUCCUUCCCUUUCAGAAAAGACACCUUUUAGCUGGAUCCAAACUCUUUCAGCCUCCAAAAGGUGUUUUAUUAUUUGGUCCUCCGGGUUGUGGGAAGACCAUGAUCGCCAAGGCAACAGCCAAAGCCUCGGGGUGCAAGUUUAUCAACCUACAGGCCUCCACACUGACAGACAUGUGGUAUGGCGAAUCACAGAAACUGACUGCUGCAGUCUUCUCGUUGGCUGUCAAAAUCCAUCCCUGUAUCAUCUUCAUUGAUGAAAUUGAAUCAUUUCUAAGAAAUCGCUCCAGCCUAGACCAUGAGGCCACAGCCAUGAUGAAGGCCCAGUUCAUGAGCCUGUGGGAUGGCCUGGACACCGCCUCCACUACCCAGGUGAUGGUGAUGGGAGCUACAAACAGGCCACAGGAUGUGGAUCCAGCCAUUCUACGCAGGAUGCCCACCACUUUUCAUAUUGGCCUCCCAAACACAAGACAAAGACAGGACAUCCUGAGGCUGAUUUUAGCAGGAGAAAACUUGAGCAACGCCAUUAAUCUGAAGGAGAUUGCUGAGAAGACAGAGGGCUACUCUGGCAGUGACCUGCGGGAGCUUUGCCGCGAUGCCGCCAUGUACCGAGUCCGAGACUACGUCCGCAAGGAGCAGAUGAGGCAGAUCGCUCAGCAGCUACAGGACUGCCAGGAGGAGGAAAAACCUGUGGAUGAGGAGCGGUUGCGGCCAGUAACCCAGCUGGACCUCCUCUUCGGCCUUGACAAGAUGAAGGAAUCUAAGCAGGCUACAGCAUCCAUGUUACCCAGGGUGGCGGAGGUUCCCCUGGACUAAACACAAACACCACACCACUGAUGGGAAACUCCUCCACCAUGUCUGAGGUGAAGUUGGGCGAGCCCACAGACAGCAAGGCAGCCAUAUUUUUCUUAAACUUUAUUUAUCCAGCCAGAGGUUGUUCUGAGCAUGUUCUUUUUCAGCACAGCCCGACCACCAUCUGUGUACAGAUAACAUACAGUCAAAAAUCUACAGUCUCCUCCUAUUGACCACUGACAGCUCCAUUGGAGCGAUUUACAGUCAGUGCCUUGCUCAAGGGCACCAGUACAGUUUGUUUCAAAGAGGAGAAAGCAUUUUUCAUGAACUUUAUGAAGCUGUCUGAAGUUACUGCUAGUAACUCUACAAACUACUCAACUACACCACUAUACAGUUUUAGUUUCACCCCACCAUUAAGUUACACAUGAUCAUGACCAGAGGGGAUAAGGGACAAUGACUCAUGUGCCAGGACUCAUUCAAAGUCUGGAAUCUUUUGACGUUUGCUGCUUGAUUUCUAAAUCGACUAUCACUCUUAUCACUCUUUUUUGGGCAAAAACAUGUUUGAAAGACAAAGACUUAAAUAACUGUAAAGUGAUAAUAUCCAAGCACUUCGGAAGAAAGAAGUCUCAUUAUACUAUAUUCACUGCAAAUGUUGUUGUAUGAUAGCAUCUACUCAGUAAUGCAUUUCAGUAAUAUCGCUUUUCCAAAUAACAAGGUGUCUAGCAAAACUUAGCGUUUUCAUUUUUGGGAAUAUCUGUACCCACUUAAAGUAUAAAUGUCUGAAAUGAGUUUGAAUAUUCAAAAACAACUCCACCUCCCCUUUUUAGCUGCUGUCUUCUUAACCAGAUCCUGCUUAGGUUAAAAGUGAAGUGAUGGUUGCUUUCUCCUGGUGGAUGCGCUGAUACUGUUUGGACUUUUUUUAAAGCUGACAAAAAUUGAAUUUAAUAUUAAUACUUUAAAUACUAUUUGCUUUCCAUGAUCAUUCACAUAGUUGAUCAGCAUUGUUUUUGUUUUUUUGUUUUGUUUUAUUUUACUUCUUUGAUCGCAACCGUGCUUUUUAAAAGUAAGACAAGACGCAUUUAGCCAGCAUGUGGUAGUAAUGUGAUACUCAUCAUGUAAUGAGUUACUGCUCCCAAGGAGCACUAAUUCAAAAUAUUUCUUUUGAAAUUACAAAAACAUUUAAUUGUUAAAUUUAUGUCUGUAGUCAUGAAGUCAACACUGCUGCGGAUGCUGUCAGGUCACAAUAUGAAUGCGACAAAGAAGAGGAAGAGCAAUGAAAAGUCAGCCACGGGUGAAAUAUAACAUGUUGGCUAUCAUUGCCAAAGAGCUCAGAUAAACACCAUUACAUCAUUCCAAUGAGAAUUUGUGAGACCAUAGUCAUUGUACAUUGUGGUAAGACUGUUUCAUUUUUAGGCAUAAAACCAACCAAUCACAACACAAUGCAUUUGGUUUGAAGGGCCAAUAGCAGUGCAGCCCGUAUGCAGUUAUUUCCCAGAGCUGUCAGUUAAUACGUGUAAACAAAAGCAGAUAACAAAACAAACGUUCACGCGUCAAGUGGAAGCAGGGUCACCACAUAAUCCCUUUCAUAGAAACCACAGCUAUAAUGAUCUGAGCUCGGGGGCAGCAAUAAAGCACACUGUUACAUCCUAUCAUCUCCAACAUCAUCAUUUUACUACUAAAUUGCUGUAAAAAUAUGCAUAACUCUUGUAUCACCACUCAGUCCUCUCAGCUGUUAGCAGGUGUGUCACGCGUGUCGUGCUGUAUGCAUGUGUGUAAAAGUGGAAGCAAAAUAUUGGCCAAGACUUUUAAAUGCAACUGAAGUUACCAAGUCUGAUGAAUGGUCUUUUAGUGGAUUUGAUGCUGCUUUGUAACACAGUCUUCUGAACUUUAUAAUUUUUUCCAUCCAAAAAGACAAUAGCUAAAGACACGUUUUCAUGUUAAAAUCUCACCAGUGUUUUUCACAAACAACUUUUUUAGUGUCAUAUUUAUUGUGCCAUUAUCAUUAUUAGUGAGUCCCCAUUUUUUUACUUUGAAUGUUUUUAUAAUGAACGUUUUGUGUCAUGUUUCAUGCAUCAAUCAACAACUGACAGCAGUGGAUGUCACUGCAACAAACAGCAGGGUUACUUUUAUUUUCAUUUUAUGGAGAGCACAGCUUUCAGGUUUGAAUGCUUUCAAGCAGCUGUCAGUCUGAACUUGUGAAAUGCUUUUCUACCUCCCCUCUGUAUCAAAAGCCUCAUUGUUUUCCAUAUGGUCACAGCAUGUGUUCAUGGAUCUGUUCAAGGGUCUCCCACAGAUAUUUCUCCUACGCUGUCAGAGCAAGCCAGGGCAUAUUUGUCAUUCAGCCAUGACCAUAUGGUGGCACUGUAGUUUCACUACCUGAUACUGAGGCCGGUGCUACAGGCUGAGAUAUGGACUGCUUUUAUUUAUAGCAGUUUUAUAUCAUUAUAGUGAGAGAAUGAAAUAGAGAACCCUACAUACUGGAUUGUUUCUCCCUUAUUGGUUCAUUCAAAGAUAUUUAGAUAUCCGUUGCUCUUCAUUAGAGUACCUCAGGUGACAGUUAAAGGUAAAAAUGUUGCCAUGUAAACCAGUAAUUGUGUCACUGCGGCUUGCAGGUCUUAGUUAUCUUUCUUGGAGAAGGGUAACACCUUUGUAAAUGCAAUAUCAUUGACCACGUCAUUCAUCAGUUAUGUGGCAGAGACUUAAUUCUAUGAAUACAGUCUCAAUUACUCAGUUACUGUAAAUAAUACUGUCAGCUAUGUGUAAGUGUUGAGUAUAUGUUGAGUAUGUUAACCAUAAACUGUAAAGUGUAUUUAUUAAAGUACUCAGAAGAAAGUAUUUAUCUUUUUUCAACCAGUAAAAUGUUACUUCUUUUAUUUCAGCCUGGAUUUCACAAUUUUUCUUUGUCAUGUCCUUGUUUAAGUGUAUUAAAAGUAAUAAAUGUCAUCAUUCCCAAAAAUUAGCCCAACCUGUGAAGAUUUUAAAUAUCUAGUAUUACAAACCUACUAAUUACUCAAAUUAAUUUUGUAUAUUGUAUAUGCAUGUAUGUAUGGUCAUUUUACCAAUAACAUUCUCACCAAGUGAGGAACAUGUUGAUGGGGAUUUUUAAUUUUUUGGACCUCCCAAAAGUGUCACUAUGGGAGUUGGCUGCUUUAUUGGGAGUCUGAAUCAUCAUAAACUAUUUUUUAAAUUCUGCGUCUGUUGUAGUCAAAUCCUGUACGCUUUAGGUACACCAUUGGUAUAAGCCAUUGUCGGCUAUAAUGAAGCUCUUACUCUUCCCAGUCUGUUGCUGUCCAUCCCUCUUGCUGGUAUUUAGCAAAAGCCUUUCAGCUCUAAUAAGACCAUUCAGGAUUCACUCCGGGCCAAACAGUUUUAAAAUAGCGAUCUGAGUUUUUAAUGAAUGUCUGGACAGGUGUUCUAAGGACAUGGAAUCUGAAUUAACAAGACUAAGUUAAAACCUACUAUGUGGCUGGACUGCCCUUUAU